AUGGAGCCGUCGUCGUCGUCGUCGGCGUCUUCGAUAAGUCCUACGGAUUUGAGGCGCUCGAAGCGCAAUAAGUUCAAUCUCGACGUCGUCGCGGCGAUUCAUGGCAAGAAGAUCAAGCUUGAACCGCUCUCAGUGGAAACGGAGCCGUCGAGGAAUCCACCUUCUCAGAUGGCAGUGGCUUCUCAACCGCCUCCCUCGCCGCCGCCAUCGCACACGAGUCCGGAUGACGGGAUUCGGAGGAGUAAGCGGAAGAGCUCUGCACCGACACGCGACUACUUCCUCUAUCAAAUGGAUACCGAUGAGGACGAUAAAGGUCUUGUCGGCGAACAUCAGUGUAAGAAAUGCCCGGCGCGGUACGAGACGAAAAGCGGCCUCAACAAUCACGUGAAGCUUCACGGCGGCGAGAAGCGACGAUUCGCGUGCGAGCUUUGCGAUUUCUCGGCGACGACGGUCAAAGCCGGCGCGCGCCAUCAACGACUCCACAAACAUUUCGGUGUUGUUAGUCAACAGAAUAGUCCGGCGACGUCGAGCAGUGCCGUUCCGGCUCCAGAAGCGCAGUCGGCGGUGAAGAAGGAGCCGACUCCACCGCGAGCGGCGAAGGAGUCGACGCCGGCUAAAGAGCCGACGCCGCCACCGGCGAAAAAGAAGAAGAAGACGCCGACGCCACCGCCGCUUAUUGAUGCUCCCGACUUGAUUGCGGCCGCCGAUGAGCCGUUCCAAUUGAACACUAGCAGCGAUGAGGAUGAGCCGAGCUCGAGCGGACCGCCGCCGUUGAUCGCCGAAUGCGAUUUGAACUCGAGGAAUCGCGCGCUGAUGCCGGCGCCCGCCGAAUGCAUUAUCCUCAAAGGGCGUUCGAGUCGGAAAUGUUCGCAGUGUCCGUUCGUCGCGAAAUCGUAUGAGCGACUUGUGAAGCACACUGCCGGACACAAUAUGAAAAAGGGCUACAAGUGUCCGAAGGAGAGCUGCACGUAUAAGGCGGUCCACGCGGGCUUCCUCAAGCGUCAUUAUGAGUUGCAUGAGGGCGCGAGUCGCGACGACUUUCAGCCGUGGGCUCCCGAAUAUAUUGAUUUGACGUUUGAGCGAUUCGAAGCGCUCACCAACAAACACAUCGGAUUGGCGCAAUUGAACACACUAUCGGUGAAGAAUGGAUUUGAGCGAAUCUGCAAUAUUCCGGGAUGCAAAUAUCAGCCGAUCACAACCACCGAUCUCAUACUUCAUAAGCUUCAUGUACAUAAAGCGAGGGAGAUGCAGCCAUACCGUCGUUACAUUUGUCUUGAGUGCGGCCAACGAUUCAAAUCGUUUUGGGAUCGCUCGAUUCAUAAAAUGAAGCGCCAUCGUCGGAAGCCUAGGAAGAUCGCGCGCAUGUUCUAUCUGAAAGAGCUUCUCGGCGAUGUGUUCUUCUUCAAGUACAUGAGCGAGUCGAAGGUUGAGAUCAAACAGGAGCCGGAGUCGCUCGAUGACUCGAUGAACUCGUCGUUCAAUUCGUGCAGCUCGAAAGAAGGCGAAGAGCUAUCGUAUUGCGAUCUGUGCCCGUAUUCGGCGGUGACGGAGAGUCGCGUCAAACGCCAUCGUGAGAAGCAUUUCACCGUGGCCGAAUUCAAGUGCCAGUAUUGCAACUUCUGGGUUCGCAGCCAGGAGAUUGUCCAGCAGCAUGAGCGCCUUCACUUCAAAUGCGAGCCGCCCGAUGAGACGGCCGCCGCGCAACAAUCGUUCACCACCGAGGAGCGCGUCAAAUUGGAGAUCUUCCAGAAGGGCAACAACGCGGUUCGUCUCGGCGAUGCGCUGAAGAAGUGGUGCAAGAAGUCGCGGCUUGAUCGCAAAAUCAUUGACGAUAGUUUUAUCAAAGUCGUAGUGGAUGGCAACAAGAUAUUCCAAUGCAUCGAUUGUCCGUAUCAAUCGAAAUAUCGUGGCGACAUUCGGACGCAUAAGACGCGACACAAUUCGGGACAGGCGUUCCGUUGCACACAGUGCACUUAUAGUGCUCAACGGCCGGUGUCGCUUCGGGACCACAUGAGACUUCAUAUUGCCAAACACGAGCGAACGUUCCAAAAGGGUAUUCGAAGGAAGCAGCUCAUUGUGAACAAUGGACAUCAUAUUGGUGAGAGCCGACGAGGUCAUCGGUUGCUGAUCUACUGCUGCAAUCGAUGCGAUUAUAUCACAUCGGCGGUGAGUUGCCUCUGGCGACAUCAUCGGCAGCACAAGAGGGUCCCACGCGUUCAUGUGUGCUCUUAUUGCUGCUAUAGCUCGAUUGAUAAGGAUCGUAUGGAUGAGCAUAUUGUUGUGCAUUCGGCGAACGGGAAACCCAAUGGAUUCGCUCGACGAGUCAAUGAUGAGGGACUUCCGAUUCCGAUGAUAACGGAUUAUUCGAAUGAUUUGGUAUCGAAGAAGCAGAACUCGCCGGGAUCGAUCGCGGUUCUUCCGAAUCCCGAUGUUCAGCAGCUUCAGGAGCGCUCGUCGACGCCUGGAUCGAAGUCUCCGCAGGGUGGCCGUACUGAGAGGAGCACGAGGAAUAAGAACAAUUAUUACAUGAUGGUGAAUAAUAAGCAACAGCAACAACAACAGCAGCAGCAAGUGCAGGCGACGUCGAAAUCGCAGACGCCGUUGAUGGAUUUGGAGAGAUUUGUUCAUGUUGAGGGGCAGGCUGAUGAGAAGAAGAAGAGGUUGAAGCAGCCGGAGAAGAAGAUCGAAGAGGCGACGCAUUUCGCGAUCAGGCAGUAUUUGAAGAAGGAGGAUCAGGCGGAGAAGAGCCAAAAAUGUCCGGAUUGUCCGUACGUUUCGUCGGAUUUGACGUUGUUCCGCCUCCAUCGCGACAUGCACUUCUACAACUAUCGGCCGCGACAAUUCGCGUGCUGCGAUUGCUCGUUUAGCGCGUUCACGGCGAGCUCGCUUCAGGCGCACUUGCAGCUUCACGCGCCGAUGGGCCUGCCGGGCACCGAGGGCUCGUCGUCGCGCGGCAAAAAGGCGGCGAAAAAGACGGAAGUGAUACCGAACGGCGCCAAGUACUUCAAGUGCACCUCGCAGAAUUGCAAUUUCAAAACGGUCGACGCGAACACGUUCGUCGAGCAUCGCAACGAGCAUCGUCGGGCGCUUUGGACGCGAUUGUCGACGGUCAUGAAGCGGUCGGGGUGUCGCGACGACUAUCAGAAGCCGCGAAUGAAGUUUCAUUCGGCGAACAAGGCGAAUAUCCAUUGUAAAAAAUGUCAAUUUCGAUGCGUCUCCAUGAAUGCCUACAUAUCGCACGUCGAUCGUCACGGCUGGAAUCGAAUCUAUAAGUGCAGAAUGUGCGACUAUUCGGACAACACGAAAUCGAUUGUCGACUUCCACGAGACGAACCAUCAUAUCAGCAAAGAGUUGUCGCUGACCGACACCCAUACGGGAAUCAAGUACGCGCUGGAUCACGGAUUCGUUGUGCCGCCGGCGAUCGACGGUCUCGCGGCGCCGACGCCCGAAGAGGUGAUGCAUCAGUCGGGCAACGCGAUCAAAUGCCCGAUGUGCGAUUUUGUGGCGCAUCUCGGUCCGGAACUCGCGUUCCACAUCUCGCAGAAUCACGCCGACGAGGAGAACGCGCAGGAGAUGGUCUCGUACCUCCAGAUGGGCUUCGCGCCGCCGUCGAACGUCGUCUCGUCGUCGUGUUUGACGUGA